GAAGUUUAUUAGUUGCUUUUUCAGUGGCGUUCUGUGCGUGCUGGCGAGCGCGAUGUAAAUUAGUCACCGGCGCUGUGCUUUCGCUCUUCGCUCGAUUCCGAGGCAUCGGCUGGAUUAUCUGAUCUGAGGGCUAGUGUAAACAAAUCCCCGUAUCUGCCACGAUGUCGGGCACCCAGGACUACGACCGCAAGUACCUGCGCAGCAUGCCGGGCCUCUGCAAGAUGGCCUGCCUGCUGUGCAGCUUCGUGGGGUUCCUCUGCAUCGUCUGCGGACCGGUGCGCGUGAGCAACUUCCGCGGCAGCUUCUACCUGGUGGUGGCCGCCACCGGCUUCCUGGCCACCGCGGCCCUGCUCCUGGCCAGGUUCCUCCGCCUCUGGCAGCGCCAGUUCUGCCGCUGCGACCCGACUCUCUGGUCCCUGGCGGUCCACUCCUGCCUGGCCCUGGCCUACUUCACGGCCUCCGGACUCGUCCUCUCCCUGGACAUCGGAGCCUACACGGCGGCGGCGUUCUUCGGCCUGACGGCAUUCAGCAUCAACGGAUUGGAGGCCUACGGAAACUACAGGCGGAGUCGCCAGAGGGAGGUGGCCACCCAGACGAUAUAGACGCCGACUCAGGUGCAAGCCCCGCUUGUUUUGGGGGCUCUUCUGCGCCCAGCUCUCUUCUCAGACGCGUGUGUGUGUGUGUACCUGUGCCUUUGUAUCUGAAUGAGUGAGAGAACGAGUUUCGGGGAGAGAGUGAGAGCGAGUGGCGUUCGCAUUGUGCACUAAAGUCUGCUAAGGCGAAUAAUGUCGAAGCUUUUGUCGGUCGUACAGUUAUUGGAUGUGUUAUCUAAUAAUAGUAGCUAGAUAUAGGUCAAUAAGAAGGGAGGGAGAUAAAGCCAGUCAGUCGGACGAGGGUCCCGGAGAAGUAACGUAGAUAUAGCAGAGAUAGCAGAGAGCAGGGAGAACCACUAAACAGAGAGAGAAUGCCAAAGAGAUAAUUCUUAUUGUGCUGGUCUCCGGGCUCCUCUUCUUCCGAUAACUGGUUAACAAAGCGUGAAUAUAUAUGUAGACGUAUCUGUACGCAUUUUUUUUACCUAGACUAAGUUGUAUCUGUGUGUCGCAAGUAAACAUAUUUUAUAAUAGCUAGCUUGUAAACAAACCCGCAGCGCACUCAUUUUUUGUGAGCCCUUUUUGUAAACACCAAAUUGUUAUGUUUAUCAAUACACUUUUUUUUAAGGCUAAUAAAUGGAACUAUGCAAAAAAGAAA